UCACCACCGCAGGAGAAGCCAAGCGCCGGUAGCGAGACCAACAAAGCGCGAGUGAAAACGGAAGAAGAGCUGAACGCACUCAAAGCCCUUGGCCUGCGGCCCGCGGAAGAGCGCGUCAAGAUCUUUGUUGGCAAGACGAAUCAAGAGCUCAAAGUGGCGAUUGAAACGCUUGGCAAGUCGCCCGUGCUCAAGUCGCUCCGGCGCCAGGACGUGGUGGGCGAGGAGUCCUACGUGAUGCACCCACUGCUUACGCACGUUGACGUCCGGCAUUUCCAGGCGGUAAGGCACUUCUUGAUCAUGGACGAAUAUGAUCCGUUUAUCAUUAGUAAUCCUGGUGGACCGGAUGUUUUGCCCAAGAGGUUGGAUGGGUUGAGGGUGGCAGAGGAGUAUCGCAAGGAGGCGAUCCGGGCGUGUCAUCUCUAUGUGAUUGCGAAGCAGUUGGGGAUGGGCGGGUUGGAGGAGCUGGUGUUGAGGAAAAUCACUGAGGCGCAGUUUUUCCCGUAUGGGAUUAAGUGCUUGUUGGAAAUGGCGAUGAUUGUCUUCUCAAGGGUGGGUGUUUCGAUGCCGACCAAGUUGAAGGGGGAACGAACUCUCAGUACCAGUCAUUCAGUCUCGAGUGAUGCAGGAAAUGGUUUUGGCAAUCAUCAGAAUGACGACGACCAGCUGGAAGCCUGGCUGAUCGGAAAUCUGACCACAAGGCUCCAAGCUGUGCUUCUCAAUCACGCUCAGCUGUUCUUUCGGGUUGCGGAUGUUGCCGCGUGCAAGAAAAGGGGAUUCGCCGUGAAGAUCUUCCAGGGCAAGGUCGAGGAAUGGGAGCGUGAUGGGCCGGAUGUGGUUGCCAUCGAGGAUGAUGAAUGA